CCUUGGAGAUGAUCUUGUGAUGAAGUUAAGUGUUGAAAGUACAGAAGAUUUGAGAACAUCUUUACUUGAUACUCUUGCAGCAUGUCGAUUACCAAAGUAUAGAGUCAUUCUCAAUGGAUUUGGAUAUGCAUUACAUGGUGUACCUGAACAAGACCUCGACAACACAUGGGAAAAUUCUGACAUUAUCAAUCCACUUCCAAUACAAUCUCCUUUGUUAACAAUAUUAACAAAUACUUAUGAUGUGGAAAACAAAGUACUAGCACGAGAUAUUUCACAAAGAAGAUUUUCAAAAAUGAGACUUUACAAUGCUGGUCUUAUACUGCAUUUGUCAAGAUGUAAACAUACAGAAACAGAUACCAAAAGUAAGAAAAAUAAAAAAGAAAAGAAAUAUGAAAUGCGAUGGGCGCAGCCAGAAGAAUUUACCAAAUUGAUAGUAAUGCCACGAAUGCUUUUAGAUCAUCUUCCAGAAAAUUUAGAAAAAGCACUUGUAACAUUAAUAGUACAACAAAAGGAUCUACCAAUUUACUUUGACCCAUAAUGCAAUUUUAAAACAUAAAAUCUAGUUAAUAUGUUAUUUAAAUUAAAAAUGGU